GAUCCACCGUUUCCUAUUUGUGAGGAAGUACGCACGUUUCCGAGGACACAGACCUGCCACUGUCCUAUUUCUCAGGAAGUCAGGAGUUAUGAGGCAAAGUCAUACACGCCCUUUUCCACUGUAACUUAGAAAUGCUCCUCUUUUGUUCUUUGAAGAAAUACAGGGGAAAAUUUUUGGUCGGUUGAAACAGGGGAUAGUUUGAAGCUUCUUCAUCGAGGUUCAACUACAUUUAUGGGUGAUAUCAUGAGACUUCAAUAUCGGGCUAAGUCUUUUGGAACACAUAAGGUGGAAAUGCUUGGAAUUUAGAUGCUAGAGUUUCAACAAAACUUUUGCAAAUGGGCCUGUAUCAAUUCAAACUGUGGUAAAGUUGAUAGGAUUUGUAUUAUACCUACUUGAGCUAAGCCAUCAAGUUAGAAACAAGAGAAAAGAAAUUUGCAAACAUGGAUGCUUUUGAGGAAUCAAAGAAUGACAUGAAUAACUGGAUUUCAUUUUCUCAGUCUUCUACAACCAUUUUUUUGCACGGGUUUUCUGCUUCUUCACACCUAAUUUUGUUGUUAGUUUUAUUCAUUUCCUGGGCUUGCAAGAGACGCACGAUGCCUACCCUUGAAAAUUCAAAACCGAUAUUGAAGAAUACAUUCUUCUUAUACUAUUGGUUAGCUCUCAUAUCUUGCAUGGCUCUUUCUUUCUGUGAUCUUCUCCUAUGCGUGUUAAACUACCUCUCUGGAUAUAGACAUGGCUGGCUUGAUUUACAAAUUUUUGCCCAAUUAGAUUUUACAUUUAGAACACUCACUUGGUGUGUGAUCUCUGCUUACUUGCACAUCCACUUUUCUCAUUCAAGCGAGCGUCGAUUCCCCAUUUUGCUAAGGAUUUGGUGGACUUUCUACUUCAUAAUGUCUUGGUCCUUUCUUAUUAUACAUUUUGAUUUGUAUUGGAAACAUUCGUCAUUACCAUUCCUAGUAUGGGUCUCCGAUGUGUUAUCCAUUAUUUCUGGUUUGUUUCUUUGUUAUGUUGGGUUAUUUGAAAAGGGGCGACAAGAUGAAGAUCAUCUUUUGGAGUCUCUUUUGAAAACUGGUUCCAAUCAAAACAAUGGUGACGAUGGACAAGAACCAAGUGUCGGUGGAGAUAGUGUAACUCCUUAUGCAAAUGCCAAUCUUGUUAGUAUUUUUACUUUCUCUUGGAUGGGUCCUUUGCUUGCACUUGGUUAUAAUAAAACACUAGAUCUUGAAGAUGUUCCUCAGCUUGACAAUUGUGAUAGAGCCAAUGUGGUGUUUGCUCGUUUUAGAAAUAAACUUGAAUAUGAUUGUAAUGACAGUGGUAAUGGUGGUCAAGUAAACACAGUCAUGCUGGUGAAGGCAUUGGUUUUCUCAACGUGGAAAGAAAUUCUAUGGACGGCUCUAUUGUCCAUUGUAUGCACAUUGACUUCUUAUGUUGGACCAUACCUUAUUGAUGUCUUUGUUCAAUAUCUCAACAGCAGUCACCAGAUACAAGAUAAAGGUUAUAUACUAGUGUUUAUUUUCUUUCUUUCAAAGCUCAUAGGGUGCUUUUCAGAGAGACACUUGUUCUUUCAAUUGCGAAAGAUGUCACUUCGGGUUCGCAUUGCCUUAUAUGCAAUAAUCUAUAAGAAGGGUCUUAGGCUUUCAAGCCAGUCAAAGCAAAGUCACACUAGUGGGGAGAAUGUUAAUUUGAUGAGUGUUGAUGUUGAGAGGACUGGCCUUUUCAGUUGGUACUUGCAUAGUAUAUGGAAGGUGCCUCUUCAGGUUGUUCUAGCAUUAUUGAUCUUGUACAAGAGCUUUGGGCUUGCUUCACUUAUAGCUUUGAUUGCCACAAUGAUUUUGUUGUUAGCAAAUGUACCAUUGGGAAAACUACAAGAGAAAUUUCAGGGGGAAUUGAUGGAUUCAAAGGAUCGACGAAUGAAGGUGACAUCUGAGGCUCUGAGGAAUAUGAGGAUUCUCAAACUCCAGGGCUGGGAGAUGAAUUUCUUGGAUAAGAUAAUUGAGCUUAGGAACUUUGAAACAAGAUGCUUAAAAAAACUACUUUAUUCAUCAGCUAUGGUUUCCUUUGGCUAUUUGUCUGCUCCCAUGUUUGUAUCCAUGAUUACUUUUGGGUUUUGUGUGUUUAUGGGAAUUCCGUUAGAGUCUGGAAAGAUUCUAUCAGCACUUGCUACAUUUGAGAUAAUGCAAGGCCCCAUAUAUAAUCUUCCAGAUCUAAUAUCUAUGGUAGUUCAGACUAAAGUUUCCCUUGAUAGAAUAGCUUCAUUCCUUUGUCUCGAUGAACUUUAUCCUAAUAUAGUACAGAAACUUCCUAGAGAUAAUGCCAAUGUUGCAAUUGAGAUAGUCAAGGGGAAUUUCUCUUGGGACCUUCAUUCCCCUAAUCUAACAUUAACAGAUCUUAAUUUUCGAGUGUACCAUGGUAUGAGAGUGGCUGUUUGUGGUUCUGUUGGGUCAGGAAAGUCAAGUUUACUUUCAUGCAUAUUGGGUGAAGUGCCAAAGUUAUCUGGAUCCAUUAAAUUGAAUGGAACGAUGGCCUAUGUUUCACAAUCAGCUUGGAUACAGAGUGGAAAGAUAGUAGACAAUAUAUUGUUUGGUAAGGAGAUGGACAAGGAAAGGUAUGAGAUGAUCCUUGAAGCAUGUUCAUUAAAGAAGGACCUAGAAUUGUUUGCCUUUGGGGAUCAGACAAUCAUAGGAGAGAGGGGGAUCAACUUAAGUGGUGGGCAGAAGCAAAGAAUCCAGAUUGCACGUGCUUUGUACCAUGAUGCUGAUAUUUUUCUACUUGACGAUUCUUUUAGUGCUGUGGAUGCUCAUACAGGAACUCAUCUAUUUAAGAAGUGUUUGUUGGGAAUUUUAGGUUCAAAAACAGUAAUAUAUGUUACCCAUCAAGUAGAGUUUCUAUCUUCUGCCGAUCUUAUCAUGGUUAUGAGAGAUGGAAGGAUUACUCAAGUAGGAAAGUACGAAGAGAUUCUUACUUUAGGAACUGACUUUAUGGAAUUAGUGGGUACACAUAAGAAAGCUUUGGCAGUCCUUAAUUCUGUCGAACGUGGGGCUACUUUGGAUAAUUUAAUUAUUGGUGAGGAAGAUGGCAAUAUGUUGUGUCAUGAGCAACCUAAUAAAGAUGAUAAGGAAGGGGAACCCAAAAACUGCAAAAUAGAAGAACUUGUUCAAUCAGAAGGGCAGCUUGUCGAAGAAGAAAAGAGAGAAAAGGGUGGAGUUGGUUUUUCAGUCUAUUGGAAAUAUGUUACCACUGCAUAUAAAGGGGCUUUUGUACCAUUAAUAAUGCUAGCACAAAUUCUUUUUCAGAUUCUCCUAAUAGGCAGUAGUUGUUGGAUGGUAUUGUCUACUCCCGUUUCAGAAGAUGUGAGUCCCCAUGUUAGAGGAUCCACACUUAUCUUUGUUUAUGUUGCUUUGACCCUUGGAAGCUCUCUUUGUGUCUUUAUAAGGUCCAUGCUCAUUGUAACUACUGGAUACAAGACUGCCACUCUACUUUUCAAUAAAAUGCAUUUGUGCCUUUUUCGUGCUCCCAUGUCGUUUUUUGAUUCUACUCUGAGUGGAAGGAUUCUAAAUCGGGUAUCCAUAGAUCAAAGUGCACUUGAUACCUCUAUUCCACAUCAAAUUGAAGAACUUCUUAUGUCAAUCAUUGGAUUUCUGGGAACUACUGCAGUAAUGUCACAGGUUGCAUGGCAAAUGUUAAUAGUUUUUAUUCCAAUGACAGUGACAUGCAUUUGGUAUCAGCAAUACUACAUACCUGCAACACGAGAACUAUCACGACUAGGUGGAGUAUGUCAGGCUCCAAUUGUACAACAUUUUGUUGAAUCUAUUUUAGGUUCAACAACAAUUAGGUGCUUUAAUCAAGAAGAAAGGUUUCUAGAUACAAACCUCAAGCUAGUGGAUGUAUAUUCUCGUCCCAAAUUUCAUUUCUCUAGUGCGAUGGAGUGGUUUUGCUUCCGUAUGGAUAUGCUGGCAUCCAUCACAUAUGCUGUCUUUUUGGUUUUCUUGAUUUCAAUGCCAAAGGGAGUACUUAGUCCUGGUAUUGCAGGUUUAGCAGUUACAUAUGGGCUCAGCUUAAGUAUGCGUGGGGUCGUAUGGGAUUUUUCCAAUCUUGAGAAUAAAAUCAUAUCCGUUGAGAGAAUACUACAAUAUGCCCGCAUCCCUAGUGAACCCCCUCUGUUUGUAGAAGAAAAAAUGAUAGAUCAUGAAUGGCCAUCACAAGGGAAAGUAGAUAUUGUUGAUCUACAGGUUCGCUAUGCACCACACCUUCCUCUUGUCUUGCGAGGUCUUACAUGCACUUUCUCUGGAGGGAGGAAGAUUGGCAUUGUUGGGCGAACAGGAAGUGGUAAAUCAACUCUUGUACAGGCUCUCUUUCGUAUGCUUGAACCUAUAGCUGGUCAGAUUUGGAUAGAUGGAAUCAACAUCUCCAAGAUUGGCCUCCAUGACUUGCGGUCUAGAUUGAGCAUCAUCCCACAAGACCCCACAAUGUUUGAGGGGACUCUAAGAAGCAAUCUUGACCCACUUGAAGAGUACAGUGAUGAACAGAUAUGGGAGACUUUAGAUAGAUGUCAACUCAGUGAUGAAGUUAGAAAGAAGGAAGGCAAGCUUGAUUCUGCAGUGACUGAGAAUGGAGAGAAUUGGAGCAUGGGUCAAAGACAACUAGUUUGUUUAGGGAGGGCAUUGCUCAAGAGAAGCAAAGUAUUGGUACUCGACGAAGCUACUGCAUCAGUGGAUACUACAACUGACUAUCUAAUUCAGCAAACGCUCAAUCAACAAUUCUCAAAGUCUACUGUCAUCACAAUUGCACAUAGGAUAACAUCUAUUCUUGAUAUCGAUAUGGUCCUCCUUCUUGAUAAUGGCCUUGUAUUAGAGUAUGAUUCCCCAACUAAAUUGCUAGAGAUCAAGUCCUCAUCAUUCGCAAAACUUGUUAAGGAGUAUACUCAAAGAUUUAGUUCCUAGUGUUUGGAAGGCUAAAUAUGUGAGUUUUGAAUGUUCAAAGUAUUGAUGCCAAAUUGAAGUGAGGUGUAUUUUAUUUUGAGCAUGACAAAAAUUUGUAGGGAGAUCGAGGCUACC